UGAGACUUGUGGCGUCGGGGUUUUCUGUAAAACUGGGGUAGGAGGAGGAACUUGCUUUGUGGGCGGUGUAAGUAGCGAUCCGGGGCUGCGGGCAGUUUUAGGAGAAGUUGGACUGUUGGGGUAUGCAUUUGCUUGGAUUAGGGAGUAAACCUUCAACUCCACCCCCAGCCUACCAAUCCUUAUAUACUCUACUGGGACGAAAACGGUGGUGAAACACAGAAAGGCGUGUAGCGGAAAGAAGAUGCAGGCACCUGAGCUCCCGCCCUCCCUUCCUAAAUCUGCAGCUCACUGACAGCAGGGGGGCGGUAAGUUGCCAUGCAAAUAUACAGGCAGCAGGAUAGUGGCAAGGCCUGAGCAAAGAGAUGCCUGGGGUGGAGGAUCCGUGUGACAGUCAAGGCACACCCCCUGAAGAGCCCAGUACCAGUGUGGCCCCUGGAGAAGCUGCCAAGGAGCAGUCUCCUAGACUCUGUGGCUACCUAGCCAAACUGUCAGGCAAGGGUCCUCUGAGAAGCUUCAAGAAUCGCUGGUUUGUGCUAGACCCUCGCAAGUGCCAAUUUUAUUACUUCAAACACCACCAGGAUGCCCAGCCACUUGGGCAAAUUGAUAUUGGAGAUGCCUCUUUCAGUUACGACUUAGAAGCAGAAGAGGGGCAGUUUGAAAUCCACAGCGCUGGAAGGGUGUCCAUUCUCCGGGCUCCCAGCCGACAUGCCAUGACUUAUUGGCUUCAGGAGUUACAGCAGAAACGCUGGGAAUACUGCAACAGUUUUGGAGCAUUAAAGAGAGAAAGCGUAAUAAACCCUGCAUCUACGAAGGUUCCCAUUGGGCUUGUGGCCAGAGAAAGUCCAGAUUAUAUGGGUAUCCCUAACAUAAAUGAUGCAGAACGGGCUCGCAACCAGUUUGCAGUUGAGACAUGCCCAAGCGUUUUGGGUGAUCAAACCUCUGCUGAGCAAGCUUCUAAUAACCCAGCAGCAGUGCAAGUUUUGUUAAGGCAAUGGAGUAAUGAUAUAAGAAGCUCUAUGCAACACCUUCGCCCAGGCAAAAGCAGUGACUGCAGGAAGAGUACAUUCUACACAAAUGAGGAGUGGGAACUGCUGAACCCAACUCCCAAGGAGCUAGAAGAAUCCCUUCUACAUGUGGAAAAAAGGAAACCUCCCACAGAAGGCAUUAAAGGAAGCACAGCAGGAAUGAGUUUCCCAUUUGAUUUUGGACGCAUUCCCCAGAGGGCAAGGAGGCCAUUGCGAGAGAUAAUGGGUGUCAACAAGAACCGUACAGAGUGCUUAGCAGAUUCCCUGCCUGUGUCUGACUCCAGGAUGGAAAGUGAUGUUCUACUGAAGCUUCAGAGCCAAGAGGAAGAGUUAGAGAGAUUGAAGAAGGAUUUAUUAAGUCAGAAGGAACUUGUCAGGCUGUUACAGCAGUCCUUAAGGUCAUCCCAAUAUGAUAAAUAUUUUGCCAGCCCGUUCUGUGAUGGACUGUCUAAAGAACACCUGCAUUUACUACAGCAGAAAGACACUCAGAUCCAGGAGCUGAAUCAUUUGCUGGAGAGGCAGACCUUGGAAAAAGACCACCUGCACCAGGAGGUGGAAGAACUCAAGUGCAGUGUUAAAGAAUUAAAGGACCAACUUAAUAUGAUGAUGGAGACAAUUCAGGCUAAAGAUGAGGUUAUCAUGAGAUUAUCAAGGCAACUAAGUAAAUAUGAGCAACACACCCCUUCAUCCACUGUAGCCGCAGAGAUUCCUGUAGCACCUCAGCUGGAAGAACUAAACCGCCUCCAAGACAGUCUGCAAGGUUACAAAGCACAAAAUACUUUUCUCAACAAGGAAAUUCUGGAACUUUCUGCUUUGCGAAGAAACGCUGAAAGACGUGAAAGGGAAAUGGAAGCAAGGUAUUCCAACCUAGAGGCUAAAAUGUGCCAGAUUGAGAGCAAGUAUCUUGUCCUCCUUCAAGAAAUGAAGACACCAGUGUGUUCAGAUGACCAAGGAACAGCUCGAGAAUUUGUGAAUCAGUUACUAGAGGAUGCACUCAAGGUGGAGAAUGCUGAGCAACCUGAGCAUACAUUUGUGAAACCUCACACAGUUAGUAAAUAUGACAUCCAUGGGUUCCUGAUUGUUCCAGAGGAUGAUGAAGAGGAGGAGAAACUAGUUGCCAAAGUAAGAGCUCUGGACCUGAAGACAUUAUCACUCACUGAAAAUCAGGAGAUUUCUAAUGUGGUCAAGUGGGACAAUUAUUUUGCUAGCACAGUGAACCGUGAGAUGGCAUGCUCGCCAGAACUGAAAGCCCUUGUCCGUAAUGGAAUUCCACAUGAACAUCGCUCAAGAAUGUGGAAGUGGUUUACUAACCUGCACAUAAAGAAACUGAAGGAUGAGGCAGCUCCUGGAUAUUUCCAGAGUCUCCUCCAGAAUGCACUAGAGAAGCAGAACCCAGCAUCCAAACAAAUUGAACUUGAUCUCAUGAGGACGCUACCCAACAAUAAGCACUACACCUCACCAACUUCAGAAGGCAUCCAGAAGCUUCGUAAUGUUCUGCUGGCCUAUUCCUGGAGAAAUCCAGAUAUUGGCUAUUGCCAGGGAAUCAAUCGGCUGGCAGCUAUCGCUCUUCUGUACCUUGACCAGGAAGAUGCCUUUUGGUGUCUGGUUACAAUUGUAGAGGCGUUCAUGCCACGGGAUUAUUAUACUAAAACCCUUCUAGGCUCACAGGUUGAUCAGCGUGUGUUCAAGGACUUGAUGAAUGAGAAGUUGCCUCGUCUCUGUGCUCACUUUGAGCAGUAUAAAGUGGAUUACACUUUGAUUACAUUUAAUUGGUUCCUUGUGGUGUUUGUGGACAGUGUGGUCAGUGACAUCUUGUUCAGGAUAUGGGACUCCUUACUGUAUGAGGGUUCAAAGGUGAUUUUCCGCUUUGCUUUGGGAUUAUUUAAGUACAAAGAAGAGGAGAUACUAAAGCUACAAGAUUCAAUGUCCAUUUUUAAGUACUUGCGCUAUUUUAGCCGGACAAUCCUUGAUGCACGAAAGCUCUGUAAUAUUGCAUUUGUCGACAUGAAUCCAUUCCCUCUGCGCCAGAUCCGCAACAGACGCACUUACCAUUUGGAAAAAGUUCGCCUAGAGCUGUCAGAGCUGGAAGCAAUUCGUGCAGACUUUAUACGCGAGCGGGAGACCAACCCUGAGAGGCGCGACCUUAUAAGCGACGAUGAAGAGGACAGUUAAGCAAUUAGUGCAUGAAUGAGAUUUCUCUCCCUAUCUGUGUAUUCCUGACAAGGAUUUGGUAAUAACUGAGCAUAUUUCCAAGAGACAUGCUACUGCUCCCAGAGGGCUUCUUGACAAGUAAAUCUGAUGCUUCACACAAGUGUUAAAAACACAUUUAAAAAAAAAAACUGGAAAAUGCUACGUGAUUUUUUUUCUCUUCAAAAUCAGUAUUCAACAUGUCAUUAGAAAGCAGCCUAAAUUGA